GUAAGUUAUGUAGUGCAUAAACAUUAUUAUUACUUGACCAUACUUUUUGCAUUAGUGAGAAUGAAUAAACACUAAUAUGGUAAAUAUUUAUUGGCAACUAUACGCGUGAAUUUUAUUAAGACCUCAUCUUUUUUAUGAUUUUCAAAACCCUUCAAAAUUUAAUGAACAUAAAAACAGCGCAGUGUUUAGGUUUGGUGGUAACAUGCUCUUAAGAUAUUUCGUAUAAUCACCUCAUGGCUUUAAAUAAAUAUAUGCACCAACGAAAUAUUUACAAACAGAAAAAGCCGAAUUUCAAAGAAUUGGCUGCAAAGUUCGAUUUCUUCGAUGCAGUGGCGAUAAAAGAUGAAUGUGGCCGGGUUGUUCUUGACUUUAGAAUACCAUCUCACUUGUCUGCUUUGUCCAAAGCGUUGUUGAUGAAUGACUUUGGUUUAAACGUAGACUUUCCAGGCGAUCGUUUGAUACCAACAGUUCCGCUGCGUUUGAACUAUAUCUUAUGGUUAGAGGACCUACUGAAGAGUUCGAAGAAAAAUUCAUGGCAAUUUUUCGGCACAGAAAGUGAUACCAGAAACUUUCGUUUGGCCAAAGAAAAUGUUGAGAAAAACGAUCUGAACAAAAGUAUCAAAUUAUUUCAUAUAACUGAGAAUACCUCAUCGUUGGAUGUUGUUUUUGGUGAUAAACAAAAUACGACUUAUUUGGAUGCUGUAAUGGCGAAUCCUCCAUUUUUCUGUGACACAUCAGAUGCUGUUGGAUCUACUACCUGUCGAUCUCUUAAAAGGCCACCACCUAAAACUAUAUCAUCUGCUGCUAGGCAUGAAAGUCAAACAGUCGGUGGUGAAGUGUACUUUUGUAUGCGUUUAAUCCGUGAUAGUAUUCGUUAUUCAACUCGAGUGGGUGUGUUCACAGUUAUGCUGGGUAAAAAAUCAAGUGUUUCUUCAGUUCGUCGAAUAUUACACAAAUUUAAGAUAACUCAAAUAUCUGUAUAUGAAAUGUGCCAAGGUCGUAUAAUGCGAUGGGGUGUUGCGUGGACAUUUCUUCCUAAUUUUCAAUUUCCUGAAUCUGAUUUCCGUCGACUUCGUAAAUUAGAACGUCCUCCAUUAACACUGCAACUGCCGGAUUCAGUAUCUUGUCUUCCUGAAAAUACAGUUGAUGCUCUUUUGGACUGGUUGAGAUAUGAAUUUAAACAAUUAGGUAUGAAAGUAUUAGAUCAAAAAAAUCGUGCUGAACUAGGUGGUCUGCAUUUAAAUAUUACAGCAACAGUAAAUACGUGGACCCAUACUAGGCGUAAACGACGAGAAGUUCAACGUCUUCUAAUGUCUCAACAAUCGGAUACGAUAAACAAUGGAAAUCCAACUAAUAAUGAUUCUGUAUCCAAUGAAAUAGAUCCCAUGGAAUGCGGUUUUAACACAAAUACGGUCAGUUUUAAAAAUCCUUCAAAGCGUGUACAUGAUAGUAACCCAGAUGAAAUGAAUAAUUCAUCGGAAUCAAUCACACAAGCAACAGCAGAGACAAAACUGAAUAGUUCUGUGGUGGAAUUGGUAAAUCCACCAAAACGAACGCGAGCAACACUUCAUGAUGAAAUCUGUGAAGAAGGUGAAGACGCUUGGUUUGAUGGAGAUGAAUGUGAGAAUGCUUCAGCUAACAAAAUUAAUACAUGUUCAAAUAAUGAAUCACCAUCUGCUAUCGACACUUGCUCACAUGUGAUUCAAGCCAAUGUAUUUGUUGAGUAUUUAAACACAGAUUCAUUUAUUAAAGACGUACAUGCAAAAUCAUCUUUAUUUCCACAUGGAAUCAACAACAGUGACGAAGUAAUGCAUAAUGAUAGCAUUGAAUGUGGUCAGACAAUUAUGAAAGUUAAAAGUGAUAUAGACGCUAGUGAUGAUGACGAUGUGAUUCUUGCUGAAGAGGAACAUGGACCAUUGGUGAUAAAGAUCGCUUGGAUAAGUGGGACAUGUCGAGAGGCAGCUAAUCAAAUUUUAUUUUACUUAAAAAAUCGUUUGAAGUGAUGUUCUACUCUAUAUUCCAUUUUUUUCACCAUAUCUGGCUGGAAGAAAAUAAAGUAUUUUUGUAAAUAAGCAGUUGCAUUUAUUUUGUAUACAUGUUUCUAGCAAAGUAGUGUUAUCAUAUGCUAUUGUCAUUAUUUUUGUACAUUAAAUACACCAAGCUUCAUAAAAUAA